CUUCACUUUUCUAGCGGCAACCAGCACAGCGUCUGGUAAAACUUCAUUCGAGCUCAGUUCAGAAUUCGGAUCAAUCAUGCCUCCUGCCGGUCCUCGAUCUGGUGAUGCAAUCUUCGCUAGCGUUGAGCGAGUGAAUGCCGAGCUGUUUACCUUGACUUAUGGAGCGACUGUUCGUCAGUUGCUCACAGAUCUGGAGGAGGUCGAAGAAGUUAACAAACAGCUCGAUCAGAUGGGAUAUAAUAUUGGAAUCAGGUUGAUUGACGAGUUUCUAGCAAAAUCUAAUAUUUCUAGAUGUGUGGACUUCAAAGAGACAGCUGAUGUGAUUGCAAAGGUCGGUUUAAAAAUGUUUUUGGGGGUGAAUGCAACGGUGACCAACUGGGAUGCUGAAGGCACAUGCUGCAGUAUUAUUCUGGAGGACAAUCCAUUAGUAGACUUUGUUGAGCUUCCUGAUACUUGCCAAGGUCUUCAUUAUUGCAACAUCUUAAGUGGAGUCAUCAGAGGAGCACUUGAGAUGGUGUCCAUGAAAACAGAAGUAACAUGGCUACGAGACAUGCUGAGAGGAGACGACAUGUUCGAAUUACAAGUAAAAUUGCUGAAGCAAAUUCCCGAAGAGUACCCAUACAAAGACGACGAGUAGCAUAUCUCAACGAGGAAAAAGGAACUCUUUUAUUUCAUGUCAUCUGGCACAGUGUGUUCAUUUGACCUAAAAACAAUAGGUACAUUUUUUGAUUUCUGGAACUGAUGUUACUUUAUCGAAGUUAUAUUAUAAAUAGUCUUAUGCGACAGUGAUCAAUUAAGUUCAAUGUAUAUAGCGAAGGACUUAAAAAGGAUUCACGUUUGGUUGAGGUGCGUAGGAUUUUGUACUGCGGUAGCUGAGUUGAGUUGCUUGUGUGGUGUUUA